GCAGCUGGUUUUGUGAGUCACUGUGCACUCUGAGCACCCACCCACUGGAGGCAGCCUAGCUUGUGGGAACCCAAGUGGAGGGACUGAGGCUUUCUCAGUGGCCUUGUCAGUGCACAGCAGAAGUGAACAGCCUUGAGUUGAGGAAAUUGUGGCUGGACAGGCAGGGAGGCAGUUGUGCUGUGUCCUGCUGACUGUUAGCUGCAAAACCUAUUGACAUCCUAGCACCCAGAGAAGAGAGGGACUCCUUAGCCUGCUCUGUCCUGCGGGGAUGUUGGGGCAAGCUGUCCUGUUCACAUUCUUUCUGCUCCUCAGGGCUCAUCAGAGCCAAGACUGCUCAGAUUCUUCUGUAGAAGUCAUUGGUGUCUCAGGAGAGCCUGUCCAGCUGCAGCCUUUCAACAUACAGACAAAAGUUGUUUCUGUUCAAUGGAAGAAGAGACAACAGGGCUCACAUGCAAAAACUUAUGAGAUCCUGAAUUGGUGUACUUCUGAUUUCCAUUGCUCAACUGUGUCUCCUAGUGAUAGCUAUAGUUUUGAUUCUGUCAAUUUUACUCUUAGUAUCAAGUCAGCUAAGCUGGAAGACAGUGGUCACUACCAGCUGGAGAUCACCAACAAUGGGGGAAAUAUUUGCACUAAGAAGUUCCAUAUUCUUAUAUUUGAUCAUGUUGGGACACCUCACCUGAAGGUCCAGCAGAAGCCCGGGGCUCAUGGGACUUGUCAACUGUUUUUGUCCUGCUUGGUGCCCAAGGAUGACAAUGUGAGCUACGCUUUGUACAGAGGGAGCACGCUAAUCUCCAAUCAAAGGAAUGGGACCUACUGGGAGAACCAGACUGACCCCGGCAGCCUGCACACAUAUACCUGCAAUGUUAGCAACAAAGCCAGCUGGGCAAACCACACCCUGACCUUCAGCCACAGCUGUCAGGAUGUCCCUCUGAAAUUCAGAUUUCUACACUUUGUGGUGAUCAUCAGUAUUCUAGUUACACUAUUUCUUGGGGCCAUCAUUUGCUUCUGUGUGUGGAAUAAGAAGAGAAAGCAGUCACAGUCCAGCCCUAAGGAACUUCUGACAAUCUAUGAAUAUGUCAAGGACUCAGGAAUCAGCAGGGAUCAGCAAGGACAUUCUAGGGCCUCUGGAUCGUCCUCAGCUGUCCAGGAAGAGAAGAGGGGACACAAAGAAUUGGACAGACGUCUUUUCGAGGAGCAGGUGCUGGAGCAGAUGCCAGAACAGAAAUUCCCUGGAGACAGAGGCAUCAUGUACUCUAUGAUCCAGUGCAAGCCUUCUGAUUCCACAUCACAAGAAAAAUGUACAAUAUAUUCAGUAGUCCAUCCUUCCAGGAAGUCUGGAUCCAAGAAGAGGAACCAGAAUCCUUCCUUAAAUUGCACUGUGUAUGAAGAGGUAAGAUUCUGGAACUCUCCUUCACAUUGGGUUUCGUGUCUGUGGACUCCUGAGAUCCAGUCAAGAAGAUAUACUUAUAACAAGGUCACCCAUACAACCUCAUAGUUGCUGGGAUUUUAGGGAUACUACAUGAAGAAAUUGAGGUCCCAGAAGACUGAAACUCAAAGUCAUAUCGUAUGUUCAAAUUUGUGAGGUGUGGGUUCUAAACUAAGGUUGUCCCUCACCUCGUUCCCUGGUUGUGUGUUAAUGUUAGAGGAUAUAUGUGAGACACACAGGAGAAUCAGUGAGGGGAAAAUAAAUGACUCUAAGUCAUUUCCUAAAACUAGGAAGUUAUUUGGAACCAUUUCAGAAUGUGAGUGAUCUCAGACAUCUGCAGAGGACAUUGUUCAAACUGAAUCCUGUAGCUAACUGAUACCCAUUAAUUCUACAUGGAAGAAAGAAAGAGGGGCCUAACAUUUAUUAGGGUUUUAGCUAAGGCAGGAGUUUUUUCCUAGGGGGUUAAUUUCUAAGACAAAUUGCCAGUGCCUGUGCAUAAAUUGCUUCAUUCUAUAAGGUAGGUAUAAUAUAACCAUACCCUUCAUUUGUUCUUUACAGUACUAGGUAAGAACUCACAGCCUUGGGUGUGCUAAGCAAGUACUCUACCACUGAGUAAUAGCCCUGUCUCUAUGCUUACAGUCUAUAUCCAGAGAAAUUGAGGAAAAAAUCACACCCUAAGUAUUAGCCUCAUAUUAUGAUCAAAACACUCAAGGUCUAAUAUAAAUAUCAUUUUUAGUCACAGGGAGGAGCUGUGCAGUUGCCUAUGGGGAUACAUGAGGAUAUCUUAGUUCCACAGUGGUAGAAUGCUAAGAGUUGCAAGGGAGACUGUAUGACCAAGGCAAGCUAGGGGGUGCAAAGAAGCAUGGGAAAAAAUACCAGUAUGGAGCAGGAGAAUGGAUUCAAGUCCCAUUCACUCCACACUCUUCACUGACUUUGAGGGACGUGUUAUACACUCUGAUCUUUUUUCAUUAGUGUGUAACAUGGGGAUAGACAACCACACUCUACCAGGUUAUUUUAAGGAUAAUCCAGGUGAAGGU